ACACAAUGAAAGUUCUAACUUCUAACUAACAUUAUUUCCUGCAAAUCCUGAGUAAUCAUUAUGUAUUAUAGGAUAAACUUGCUCAUCUUCCUCAUUUGGAUGCUCCAUGGCCACUGUCAUGGUUCCCAGAAUGACCAAGUCGGGCUACUGGCAGCCUUACGACGUUCCAAAAUGCAGUCUCGUGAUGGUUCCAGUGACAAAUGGACCACCAUGAUGUUUGAUGAAACAAGUAGAGUUUCUUCAAAUGCCGGGACAAUGGAAGAAGAUUUUAUUACUCAAGGACUACCCGGUCAGCCUUCUGAAGCCAAGUUCAAGCAGUAUGCAGGGUAUGUCAAUGUAGAUUCUUCAAAAGGCAGAAGCCUUUUCUAUUAUUUUGCUGAGGCUGUCCAUGAUCCAUCUUCGAAACCACUCAUACUCUGGUUGAAUGGAGGUCCUGGAUGUUCGUCGCUUGGAGUUGGGGCAAUGGUAGAGAACGGGCCUUUUGGUGUGAAACCUGAUGGCAAAACACUCUACUCAAGACGAUUUGCGUGGAACAAAGUUGCGAAUACACUGUAUCUGGAGUCACCUGCAGGUGUGGGAUUCUCUUACUCCAACACUACAAGUGACUACAGACUGUCAGGGGAUAAGAGGACUGCUCUGGAUGCACAUACAUUUUUGAUGAAUUGGUUUAAAAGAUUCCCACAGUACCAGACUAGGGAUUUCUAUAUAAUUGGAGAAAGCUAUGCAGGGUUUUAUAUUCCGGAGCUAGCAGAUGUAAUCAUUAAGAAAAACUUGGACACACGAUCUUCUACCAUGAGAAUCCGACUCAAGGGGAUCAUGGUAGGAAAUGGGGUAAUGAAUGAUGCUACAGACAAUAAAGGAACAUUUGAUUAUAUGUGGAGCCAUGCCAUGAUUUCUGAUGAAACUUAUCGAGGACUUCAGCAAUAUUGCACUAGUCCACACUAUAACAGAUCAAAAUGUAACACCUUGCAAUUUAAAGUUGAUGAUGAGGCUGGGAAUAUAGAUUUUUACAAUAUCUAUGGUCCUGUUUGCUCUCAUUCCUCUAAUGCAUCGAGGAAGACUAAACACAAUGGUGUUUAUGAUCCUUGUGAACUUUCGUAUGCCAGAAACUAUCUCAAUCUUCCGCAAGUACAGCAAACCUUGCAUGCAAACACAACAAAACUGCCUUACACUUGGGAUGCUUGCAGUGCAAUGAUUAAUCAAUACUGGACAGAUAGCCCAUCCAGCAUGUUCCCAGUAUACAAAAGGCUCAUAAAAUAUGGCCUCCGAAUACUCAUUUACAGUGGUGAUAUGGAUGCAGUAGUACCAGUGACCAGUACACGAUAUUCCCUUGCUGCCUUGGAUCUUAAGAUCCUAAAACCUUGGAGUUUCUGGUUGGAUGAUACUGGAGACGUUGGUGGAUAUCAGAUUGUUUAUCAAGGAUUGACAUUCUCAACAGUUCGGGCUGCUGGCCAUGAAGUCCCUCGAGUUCAGCCGCACAGAUCUUUUUCUCUAUUAAAGAGGUUCAUAGCAGGCCUUCAAAACAUGCUUACCGCUCUGCUCGUAGGAAGAAUGACCAAUUUUACAUACCUUGCGCUACUUCUGCUGCUCUGCAUUGUAUCGUCUGUACACGGUUAUGGCAGAGACGGAUUUGAUCCUCUUGGUAAACUUAUCGAGGAACAGAAGUCGUCUGAAAAGGCAUUUCAGUCUGACAACAAAGUUCUGCAGAAUGAGUACUCUUCGGUUUAUAUAGGCCCUCAAGACGGACUGAAGGAGGCGGAUAAGAUCGUGGCAUUGCCUGGCCAACCAGAGGGGGGAAGUCUUAACCAGUACUCAGGUUAUGUGACUGUUGAUCCGACAGCCGGUAGAGCGCUGUUCUAUUACUUUGUCGAAUCCCAGGACUCUUCUAGCAAGCCUCUUGUGCUAUGGCUAAAUGGAGGGCCUGGUUGUUCUUCAUUCGGAAAUGGAGCUAUGAUGGAACUCGGACCCUAUAGAGUCAAUAGUGAUGGGAAAACCUUGUCCGAAAACAAGUACGCUUGGAACAAUGAGGCAAAUGUUCUUUUCUUGGAAUCACCGGCUGGUGUCGGAUUUUCUUAUUCGAAUAGAACAUCAGACUACAUAACUGGAGAUAAACAAACAGCAUUAGAUACUUACACUUUUCUAGCAAACUGGCUGGAGAGAUUUCCAGAAUACAAAACACGGGAUUUCUUCAUAGCUGGAGAAAGCUAUGCAGGACAUUAUGUGCCUCAGUUCGCGCAACUUGUACUGCAUAACAACAAAAACACUAGCCAAACAGUCAUUAAUCUAAAAGGAAUAGCUAUUGGCAAUGCUUACAUCGAUUAUAGAGCAAGAUUUGAAGGAAUGUAUGAUUUUCUAUGGACACAUGCUUUCAUUUCCGAUGAAGUUCAUGAUGGCAUCACUUUGAACUGCAAUUUUACUUCUGAUGCAACAAUUUCAGACACAUGUCAAUCCUUUCGCAGUCAAGCAAAAAUUGGCAGAAUCUUUAUCUACGAUGUUUAUGCUCCUCUGUGCACUUCUCCUCCAAGCAGUUCUCCAUCAAUAUCAGCUUUUGAUCCAUGCUCAGAUGACUACAUUGAUGCUUACUUGAAUACCCCUGAAGUUCAGAAGUCACUUCAUGCAAAUGUCACUAAUCUUCCAUAUCCCUGGGAAUCCUGCAACUUUAAUAUUAACAUCGACUGGACGGACAAGCCCUUGACAGUGUUGCCUGUAAUCAAGGAACUAAUGGCCAGUGACAUCAGAGUUUGGAUCUACAGCGGAGAUACAGAUGGUAUAAUUCCAGUAACAUCAAGUAGAUAUGCCAUAGACAGACUCGAGACAUCGGUGACAACUCCAUGGUACCCUUGGUACACUCAAGGCGAGGUUGGAGGAUACGCGGUUGGAUAUCAGAACUUGACAUUUGUGACAAUCAGAGGUUCUGGACACUUUGUUCCCAGUUAUCAACCAUCUCGCGCUCUUACCUUGUUCACGUCAUUCUUGGCAGGAAAGCUUCCACCUUCGCAUUGAAACUAAACAAUGGAAUGCAACUUGAUGAACUAAAGAAGUUCCAAACACGUAUACACUUCUUCAGAUAUUCUGAUUUUAUGUUUGACUAUUCAUGUCAGUGCAUUAAAGCAACCAUAUUUUGCUAUAAUAUCAAGAAAAAACACAAUUUCAUCUGUCUA